AAGCACAAUAAAACAAAAUUUCAAGGCUACAAAAGUACAAAGUACAAAUUAGGUUCAAAACUGUCUUAAAAUGUCUACAAGUAACGAAACCCCGUUGCCACCACUACUAGCACCCGUCGCCACCAAUCAACCACCGACGAUUCAGCCAUCAUUGAAGCCAUCAAGCAGCAAGCUAAUCCAGAUUUCAGUCCUUAAAAAGGCUGGUGCAGAAUUUGUGGGAACAUUCAUAUUGGUAUUUGCAGCAGCAGCAGGCCCAAUAGUAGACCAAAAAUUCAGUGGAAUCGAAACAUUAAUAGGAAAUGCAGCAUGCUCUGGGCUUGCAGUUUUGAUACUAGUCCUAUCAAUAGGCCACAUUUCUAAGGCCCAUCUUAACCCAGCUGUAACACUAGCUUAUGCAGCCCUUGGACAUUUUCCUUGGGCCCAAGUACCCAUUUUUAUUUUGGCUGAAAUUCUUGGUUCUAUCUUUGCUUCUUUCUUGCUUAAGGCUGCUUAUCACCCUUUUAUGUCUGGUGGUGUUACCAUGCCUUCUGUUACUGUUGGACAAGCUUUUUUGUUGGAGUUUGUCGCUACUUUUAUCCUCAUGUUUGUUAUUAUUGCUGUCGCGACUGACCAUACGGCUGUGGGCGACUUAGCAGGUGUUGCAAUUGGUGGUGCUGUCAUGCUUGACAUACUCAUUAUAGGGCCAAUGACAGGUGCAUCGAUGAACCCGGCCAGGACACUAGGACCGGCCAUAGCAACAGGAAGGUAUCGUGGAAUAUGGAUAUACAUGGUGGCUCCACCCUUGGGUGCUGUUGUUGGUGCAGCUGUUUAUGCACUUAUCAAGCUUCGAGAUGAAACAGGGGAAGGGUCCUCAUCAUCAUUCGGAGAAGCAACCAACAUAGCGGAAUCUGAGCCCAUCGCCGCUUCCUUGGCCAUGCCUGCCUCUUCAAGAGUAAGCAUGGAGCGAGCUUGGCAGAAAGGCGAAAGAGGGUCACUCUGUCGAAUCAGCAUACCCACCCCACGGUACGCGGCCAAUGAGAGGUGCGUUGAUGAACCUGGCUAG